AUGCCUCUAAAUUUUUCGGCACGUUCCGAAAACUUGACGCGGAGCGCGCUGGUAGGGAGGUUAGGAGAGCUACUACGGAAGAUUGGACCGGAUCUCGAGUCCGCAAGCAAAGCACAUGUAGAGCGGGUAUCUUCAUCGCCCUUCCUUCGCAACCCAAUCUUUGACAACGAGAUUUCAGAUCUAUCAUCCGUUUCCAUGUUCCCACGAACUUUGAACGAGGAACCAAACUUUUGGUUUCAAGGCAUGGAUCUGCCACCAUACCGCCCCCUCGUAACUCCGUACAGGGAGAAAGGAGAAAAGGACCCUGGCACCCUGAACCCUGGAACUCAACUGGCUGUACUCCGUAUUUUGAGGAUUGAGAAGGAUUAA